GACUGCGGGUGUGAAGAUGACUCGGACCGUGACAAUGUCUGCCAGUCACUCCAGGCAGAUUCACGAGCAAGACACAUAAAGCACCGACGAUCAGUCUUUCCUGACGCCCGUGUUGUCUUGCCCAACGAUGGACUCAACCCCUCCAAACACUUCGGCUGCUCCAGCAUCUCUACUCACACAACUGCGACGCCUCUCUUCUACCACGCCAUCGCAACGAGCGCGCCGCUUCUCCGACACCGAUAGACAACUAUCAGCUUCACCGCGCAUGAUUGCACCAUUUGAGCGAUCAACUCCCGCACGAGAUGAACAAUCAAGCGUCUCACAACCUCCCCCACCUCCAUCCAUCCCACUAGACCAACACUACUGUCCAGCAAGCACCUGCUCAAUCCUCCAAGUCUUCGAAACAACCGAACUCCUCGAACUCAUCCUCAACCACCUCAACACCAAAGACAUCCUCUCCCUCCGCCGCACCAGCACCCACUGGGCCUCUACCAUCAACCACUCCCCCUACCUCCGCCUCCACUCCUUCGCAACCCCGCACUGGCGCCGUCCGGGACUCAACUACGAAUUACUCCCCCUCACCCUACCGGGCUUGCGCAUCUCGCCCGGCCAAGAAAUCGACAAAGGCCAAUGGAUCAUCGCCAGCUUCACCGCGGACACCAUCCGCCUGAUACUCAGAAACCCGCCGCCGCCCAAAGCCCUCGUCCGAUCCAACAGCAUCUACGAAGGCCUACGAGCCGGCGGAGGCUCACGAGCCAAAGCCGCAGCCGCCACAGCCGCAUGGCAGUCUUCCCACUCGUCUGAGCCCUUCUCACAACCCUCAAGUCCAGUGCCAUACCGCGAUCUCCUCAUCACCCAACCACCACUACUCGGCAUGCAAGCCUUUACCAUCUACGCCGACGACGCGCCCUCGGCAACAGCAGCGACAAGCAUAGACGACGAAAACGCCGUCGCAGAUCUCGACUUCGCCGCCAAAUGCGCCAACUACACCGGCAUCACCCUCGGCUUCCUGGCGGGUAUUUCGCAGUCGUUGCUAGCAGGGGAGGCGGGCGAGGAAGAUGGACGGCCGUUCGCUCGUCCCUCGUCGUCCACUUCGCCGUCGCGGCGACCGGUGAAGGUGGUGUUCAAGGCCAUCAUGUCGUUCUGUGAGCCCGUGCGGCCGGGCCCCGUGCGUCCCAAGCAGCCUUGGGAACAGGGGAGUUCGGUGACGAGGUUCUCGGAAGGAGAGUGAAAGGGGGUGGCAUUGGGUGUACGACUUGGACAACAAUGUCGGAUAUGAUUUGAAUGAUUGAUUCAUGCAAAAGUGCCUACAUUGUAGAAGACAUACAAGCGAGACGAGCCUACACGCAUAACACUGGAAAGGAAGGUCUUGUUUUUAUC